AUGGUCCGUCUUCUUAACAAAGUAGCCCUCAUAACGGGUUCCUCCUCAGGAAUAGGAAGGGCAAUUGCCCUUCGGUACGCACAGGAAGGUGCACAUAUAGUCUGCGCAGACCUAUCACCAACCGCCCGAUCCCAGGUUCCCGAUGAAGUCGAGAUAGCCACCCACGACGCGAUUAUCGUAGCAGGCGGGCGAGCCAUCUACGUCGAAACCGACGUCGGCGAUGCCCACCAAAUGGAACGAGUGGUACAAACAGCCGUGGCAGAGUUCGGUCGACUGGAUAUUUUAGUCAACAACGCCGGGGUCUCCACAGACUGCCGGAAUCCAGCCCGUGUUCACGAAACAGAUGAAAAUGUGUGGGACACGACCCUACGGGUCAACACCAAAUCGGUCUUCCUUGGCUGCAAGUAUGCGCUUGCGCAGAUGCUGAAGCAGGAGCCUCAUUCUUCGGGCGAUCGGGGCUGGGUUAUUAACAUAGCUUCUGUGUGGGGGUUGGUAGGAGGGCUGGGUGCUCCGGCUUAUUGCGCGUCCAAAGGAGCUGUCGUCAACUGCACUCGCCAGAUGGCGCUGGAUUAUGCCCCUGAUCGGAUCCAUGUGAAUGCUAUUUGUCCUGGGGCUAUUUACACAGCUAUGGUACGCGAGCUUGAGGAGACGUCGCCCUCUCAAUUCGAAAAUAUACGUCGGAUGCAGCCCUUUAGAGGGCUUGGACAGCCGGAUGAUAUUGCCCGGAUGGCGGUGGUGUUGGCUAGCGACGAUGCUAGCUUGGUGACGGGGGUUUCCCUGCCGGUUGAUGGGGGAUACACAGCUCACUAGAGGAAGCCAUAUAUACCGGCUAAUGACACCUUGAUAAGGAUAACGUGGUUGACUUAGUAUUGCAUGGUCGACUCUCGCAUACAUCACAUCUGAAAUUGACCAUAUCAAUAUUGUUCUUCGACAGAACAGAAGCUCGUAUGGAACAUGUUGGGCAACUGGGCAAUGCAAAAUGGGAAACAACAGAAAAGUAAUAUCCACACCGUCUAUACCUGCGGAAUAUGCAACGUGCGCACAGAGGUAAACACCUCCCUACUAUAUUCACCCCCCUCCCUCCCUGUGCCGGAAGCCUUCAUCCCUCCAAACGGCGUCCCUAGUUCCCGAACCAGCCAACAAUUAAUCCACACCAACCCAGC